CACAUUGACUUCGCGUUCGACCUUAAACGGACGCCGAAGAAGAAGAACACGUGUUUCCUGUGUUUCCUCUUCCCCCUGCAUGGACAGGACUCUGCCUUGUAAAUAAAUUGCAUUCAGCCAGCGAAAGGUUUAAAAAAUGGUUCGUAAAUUAAAGCACCAUGAACAGAAGUUGUUGAAGAAGGUGGACUUCAUCAACUGGGAGGUGGACAACAACCUGCACGAGGUCAAAGUGUUGCGGAAGUAUCGCAUCGAAAAGAGGGAGGACUACACCAAGUACAACAAGUUGAGUCGUAACAUCAGAGAUCUUGCCCAGAAAAUCAGAGACCUGGAUGAGAAAGAUGGCUUCAGAGCUCAGAGCACACAUCAACUACUGGAAAAACUGUACAGUAUCGGUCUCAUGCCCACCAAACAGAAUCUGUCCCUCACAGAGAAAGUCACAGCUUCGUCAUUCUGCAGGAGGAGGCUGCCCAGCAUUGUGCUGAAACUCCGGAUGGCUCAGAACCUGAAGACGGCCAUCACCUUCAUCGAACAAGGACAUGUGCGUGUUGGCCCAGACAUUGUCACAGACCCAGCUUUUCUCGUCACAAGAAAUAUGGAAGAUUUUGUUACUUGGGUGGACUCCUCCAAGAUCAAGCAGCAUGUCAUGAAUUAUAAUGAUGAGAGGGACGACUUUGAUCUGGUGGCAUAAGACUUUUGGCUUACAUCCAUUCAUCACCCUGGAGGAUAGGAAAGGGACUGUACUCUGCUCUUGUAACUAUGGCUUGAAUAACUCUACAACCCAGGAGUCAACAGUUCAAAUCUCUUAACUUGGAAAUUGUGGCAAGAAAAUAAGUGUUCUCGCCUUCUUAACAACAACUAACUGAGCAAGGACAAAGGAACACACUUCCAGGCUUCACAUUGUCACCAAACACCUCUUUUUUUUGUCAAAAAAAUGGAAAAUGGAAAUGCUGGUGUAGGCCCCGAUGAGACAGCGCAUUUGUCAACCGUUCUUUUGCUGUGAAGUUAAAUGACGUCUGGCGUUUUUUCCGCUCCGAGUUAGUUUUUUCAACUCAAGGCGUUCAGGACGCUCCUGCCGCAACCAAAAAGCUUCACUCUCAUUGAAAACCAUUCAAAAAAAGCUGCCCCUGGCUGCUAAAACGCCCUCUUAUCUGGGCCUUAUAAGUGUGUAUAUACAAUGAAGAGGACUGUUGCGGUCUGUUCAUAUUAACAUAACGUGUGUCAUAAAUACAGUUGUAAAAUAGAAACUAUAAUUCGAUAAAUAUUUAAUAUUUUCAGUAAGACUUUGUUACAAUGUAAACUUUGUCAACAAUAAACAAACAUUCUUUUAUCACA